UCCUCAGGCAGGCGCCUCUCGCUGGACCUCCCGAAGGCUGGAGAGAUUCAAACACAAAUUCUAACGCGAACUCAGAGCCACACGAGUGGCCGCGCGAUGCACUCCGAACGUUUGAACUGUGAAAAAGUGUGACGCGCCAUGUGCACCGAAGGAGUUAUUAUUUCUACUGGGAAAUCAACCUCCAUCUUACCUUUGCUACUUAUUAUAGGAAUCGUUAUCACGUGCGGACUCUGCCAAAAUGCCGAACCCUUCAGGAGCAUCGAGAGGAAAUCCUUAUCAAGGAUGGACGAGGAUUACGUAACCGAAGCAAACCGAAAAUUAUUCAACUGGGAUGCUGCUCCUGUGGAAGAGAAGCCGCUCAAUGAGAGUAAAGGAACCCUCUUAGCCGGAAGCACGGUCGAAGCGAAAACGGAAGUGGUGCCUGGGGGAAACGGUAACAAGGACGUCAUUUCUCUGGUGUCCCAAACUACAGUAGGGACUACAAGUUAUCAUCCGCGUAAUGUCACGACGAUCUCUGAGUCCGGACGUAUAAAAGAUGGCCGACGGGGCUCGCACAAGAAGCGUCGACGUAACAAGGACUUAAGACGGAAGGGUUCUCGCUCUCGUGGAAACGAGCCCGAACUUCAGGCUGAGAUUCUCAGGUCGAGCAAGAGGAACGAGUCGAGCGUCGCGUUAAAUGAAAUAAAGCGACGGGUCGAGGGUCGCGGCAGAAAAGGUCAGGGAAAAUAUAAACUCGGUAACCGAGGUCGGCAAAAAACAAGAAUACGCACUGGAUCGAAGGUGAGUGGAGGAAAGUUUGAAAAUGCGAAAUUGCAAAUGGAGCGCAGAAGGAGAAAUCGCGAGAGGAGACGCAGACGAAGGGGAAGAAAGUUCAGGGAAAAUAAAGCGCUACGUGGGAUAAAGAAUACCCAGGUCGACCGUCCUGCACCCGCUGCACUUUUGCUGGGAAAAGACGGUGGCACUGGUUGGGAUGAAGAAUUCGCAAAUAUCAAUAAAUCCGACGCUAGGAUCAAGUCGGUAGACUGGGAAGUCCCAAGUAGUACUUUGAAUUCGACAAGUUCAGUGAUCGAACUUGAAUUACCAAGCUUGGGUACGGGAGCACCGUCGACACCUCGUAGAACGAUAUUUCCUAUGGAUGAGGUAGAUGAAACCAUGGAGAAGGAAUUGUCUAAAGAAGUUCGAAAAGACGUUAGCAGAAGCUACACCAGGAUGCUGGAUCCGUACGAAGAUCAAAUGAAUAUAGAAGAGUCUGCAAGGGCGUUCAAGAAAAGAUUAGAAGGACUGGAAGGCGCGAGAUUCGACGCUGAAAAGAUGCUGGGUUACUCCAGGUCGGAGAACGACCUUCCUAACCUCGACCUGGGACAGGAUGUCCUGGCUAAGUCUCUCAAGGACUACAAUAAUUACAUCACCUCAAAGUUAGAAGCAGCGAAGCUAUCUGAGAUGCAAUACAAAGAAGACGGGGUCUUUGGUCCUGAUCAGAAUGGAACUGGUCUCAUGGCUGAUACUCCGCUCAGCGCGGUAUCCUUUAUUCGAGAUAUACCCAGGGCACCCAUCCUCAUUCAGGAUGAACCCACGACGACGACGUCUUCCGACGCUGAAAAUUUACACGGGGACCUAUCUUGCAUAAAUGGUACUUUUCUACCAGCACCACUAGCCUGGCACGCACUGAUCAAAUAUGUUAAGUCCUCAAUCCCAGGACACGAGUACCUGGAGGCAGAUUACGAAUGCACGCCAGGAUUCUACAUGGUGAGCAAGAAUAGCAGGCUGCUCUGUCAAAAUCGACAAUGGAUCGGCCGAUUACCAAAGUGUAAAAUACGUCAGAGUCCUGGAAAUGUCUGUGCUGAUUCGUCCUGCGAUCAAGUCUGUAAGGAGGUCGAUGGGAUUGCCCAAUGUUCUUGUUACAAAGGAUUCCGAUUGGAGGAUGACAGAUGCAUCGACGUGAACGAGUGCGAGGAUAACAAUGGCGCCUGUGAGUACAAAUGUAUCAACACACCUGGUUCAUAUCGGUGCGAAUGUCCUGCGGGGAUGCGCCAGGGUGAAAACCGAUAUACGUGCAUGGACAUCAACGAGUGUCUUCUGAAUAAUGGGCAUGGUCCUUGCCAAGACACAUGUCGCAAUCUUGAGGGUAGUUAUCAGUGCUCGUGCGAAGGAAUCCCUGACACUAUACUCUCCAUCGAUAAGCAUACUUGCCAGGAUGCGAAUCCUUGCAGUAUUGAUAACGCAGGAUGCUCUCAUACUUGUUUAUCAACCAUGGGUCGAGUUUUCUGUUUAUGUCCUGACGGCUUUAUGCUUGAGGAUGAUUGGAAAACUUGUCAAGAUAUAGACGAGUGCUCUGUACCGGAUCUGCAAGCUGAAGUAUGUCAUCACGGAUGCGUCAAUACUCCAGGAUCUUACAGAUGCGCAGAUCCACUUGAAUUAAAGGACCAACCGAUCUUGGACACUGCACCAGCUCUUUGUGGUUUUGGUUAUCAAGUUGCGGCCGAUGGUUCCUGCAUCGACGUUAAUGAAUGUGCUACGGACAAUGGCGGCUGUCAAGAAGUAUGUGAAAAUACCGAAGGAAGCUUCUUCUGUUCCUGCGACGGCGACGAGAAAGCUUUGACGCCCGACGGAAAGUCUUGUAUAGACAUAGACAAUGUCGCCUGUCCUCCACUUAAUCCCGUCGGCCGUGGGUACGUCGUCUGUUCAAAACUCACAACUCCAAAACCCUGGCGCGGUAGACGAAGGUUGAUUAAUCGACCUGGUACUAAGUGUUACCUCAAGUGUCCCCACGGCUACCAACUGCACGGAGAAUACGAAUUAACCUGCCGCAGUGACGGCACGUGGGACGGUCCUAAACAUGGUGAAUGCGUCAGAUACAGCAAACCUCGCUUGGAAUGUCCGAAGGAUGUCGUAGCUGAGGUUUCACCAGGUCGAGAUGAGGCAUUUGUGUCCUUCAGCCAACCGGAUACGGAUUUGGACUGGUUUCGAUACGUACGUUCCAAACCAUCCUGGGGUACGAGAUUAGAAGCUAACUUAACCCCGGGAACGCACGAAGUGACGUUCUUUGCGCGACAUCCGGUUUCCAAGAAACAGACCAGCUGCGUACUUCGGAUUACGGUCAAAGAUGGCGAAGCACCAAAAGUCGAUCGUUGUCCCAGCAGUAUAGAGGUGAUCGGUAAAAAUGGGACUGCUGUAUCCUGGAACGAGCCAAUAUUUACAGACAAUAUCAAAGUGGCUCGCAUCACUAGCAAUAAGAAACCUGGACAAUACUUCGAUCUGGGACAACAUAAAAUCGAAUACGAAGCCAGCGACGAGGCCGGUUGGACGUCCAAGUGCAUCUUCGCCGUGGGCGUUCGCCAGGAAUAGAAGAAAACUUUAUUUCGUUGAUAAUCCCUUUGAUGAAAAAUGAUUUGUUUUUGUGGUCCCUCGGCGCUAAAUACCUGGCAAAAUAAGCGAUACCAAUUUCAUUUAAAUUUUAGACUGAGUUUUAUUACGAUAUACGAACCUCCCUUUUUGUGGAUUUUUUUAUGGCUCUGCUAAGUUCGUACAAUCCCCACUCUGCCACCACCACCGCAAACUAACCAAUGACGAGUUUCAGGAUCAAAGCAUAUUGCAUAUAUCCCGUAGCAUACGUGCCAACCUACUAAAAUCCUUUUUUCGCUGAAAUUCACAUUUCCCAUGAUAUUCGCUAAAUCUUAUUGCAAAAAAAAAAAAGUAAGCUAGCCCAGACUACGUGCAUAUGAAAUUGUAUCGCACGACUGUAUAUUAUCGUUUCCAUAGAAAAAAUAGUCAAAUUCGUCAAAUUUAUUACUUCUUGGAGACACUAAUUAGACUCCGCUAAUUGUUCUAGAUUUAAGUAUACGAUGUUAAGAGCGCGAUGCCAUUUAUAACAGUUUCGCGGCACCAAACCGUGCGCGUUGAUAAAUUUAAUUUGCAUUAAUAUAAAUCAUCUUAUAGUCGUGAAGACAGACGUUACUCUAGACGUAGCGCGAAGUACGCGAUCCUUUGAUUCAAUUUAGAAAAUCAUCGAAGGUUCGAUCGAUAACGCCAAUCGAGAUUGAAUUCGUGUAUUUGAAAUACCGGAGAUUCAGGGUCUGUCGUUUACGAGAGUCUCGCAGUUCGUAGUUCCGUUCGAACGAGAAGAGAAAAUUAAGAUGGAUCCAUAAUUGAUCCCCAAUAAAAAAAAAAGGAGAGAAAAAGAAACUAGUAGGGACUUACUUUUUGUGUUUCAUUCUUAUAUGUGUAUCUUCUCUUUAUUAUUAUUUAUUAUUAUUCCAUGCGCCAUUCGCAUAUCGUUGUUACAAUAACGAUUAAUUAUAUUACACAAUAUUAUGAAUGUAUAAAAUUUACCUGUCAAAUAUACAAAUUACAACACA